GUUCGAUUUUGGCGGCGGCGGUGAGCGCAUCUAGAGCUCGGCAGAUCGUUAAGAGGCUCGAAAGAGGCGGAAAAUGUUGUGUGGUCGUGCGUGGAUUUAUUUAUAGCAUUUGUGCUGAUUUUCAAGACUUUUAGCCCCGAAAAACCAAAGCAAAUUUCCAUUUAACUGCACAUUAAAAAGAAAAAAGACGGAAGACAGAAUAAUAGGAAUAAUUUUCCUAAAUACUUUGAUAUAUAAGUGAAAACAUCGCUGGGCCCACAGACUUAUAUAACUAUGUAAUUGCUUUAGUCUGGCCGACAUGUCUAACAAAUUUCAACGCAGCUCUCCGCAAAUGCUGGGCGCAGGCGUGGGUAUGGACGCCUCGGUAGUCUCCUCAACGGCAAGCAAUCAGCCGCGGAAACGCGUCAAACGAUGCUGCAGGAACUUUGUCACGUUCAUGUGUACCCAGGUGGGCGUGGGCGCCCUCAUCGUUUUCUAUGCCAUCUGCGGCGCAUUGGCCUUUAUGAACAUUGAGCGGGAGUAUGUGGACAAGACGGCGGCAUAUGUCCUUGAGCUGCGGCAGAAUUACUCGCAGCGUCUCUGGAACAUCACCGAGGAGCAUAACUUGAUUGACAAGCCGCUUUGGGUGAACGAGACGAAUGCGGUGCUUCGUGAAUAUCAGGUGCAGAUAGCGGCCAUCAUUAAGAAUGGCUACAUGGGACGCAGUCCGGCGCAAAUCUGGAGCUUCCCGGCCGCGUUGAUGUUCUGCCUGUCGGUGAUCACCAUGAUAGGCUAUGGGAACAUGGUGCCGCGUACGCCCUGGGGCAAGGGCUUCACUGUCAUCUAUGCCACAUUUGGCAUACCCCUCUAUAUACUCUACUUUCUCAAUAUGGGUCGCGUGCUGGCACGUUCGUUUAAGUUUCUGUACCGCUCCAUGCACGAUUGCACCCAGGAGCGCAGCUACGAUGCUCGCCUGGAGGCGCUGGAGAACGGAAGUUCUCUGGGCGCCCUGACGCUGCGCAAAAAGAUAAUCGUGCCCUCAACGGCCUGUCUGUGGGUCAUCAUCUUCUAUGUGCUCACUGGCACCAUUAUGUUUGCCAACUGGGAGAAAUGGAGCUUUUUAAAUAGCUUCUAUUUCUGCAUGACAUCACUGUGUAAAAUCGGGUUCGGGGACUUUGUGCCGGGCGCCUCGCUAACGACUGCCGCCGAUGUGGAUGCAGCCACGCAUAAGCUGCGCGAAGACAUAUCCGCCGAUCCGAAUGAGGUGUCCGAGCUGCAGCGCAUUACCGAUCAACACUCCAAGCUAGCCAUUAACUUUAUCUAUAUGCUGCUGGGCAUGGGACUGGUGGCCAUGUGCCGUAAUCUGAUGCGCGAGGAGGUGCGCGUCAAGCUCAAGGAGAUGAAGGAGGAUGCCAAGCUGUGUGUGGAGGAUACGCGUCUACGUUUUGUUGGCUGCUGUGGCGAUCCGCGUGAUUUAUAUGAAAAUGAUUAUUACUAGGUGUGCGAGCGGCUGUCUGUAUGUGUGUGCGUGUGUGUGUGCUUGUGUGUAAAUGCGUGUGUUUAUAUUGUGUGUUCUAUGGUGGCUGUUCCGCGGGACGCUUGGAAUGAUCUCU